AUCGUUUUGUUGUGUACCAGUUAGCAGACACUCUUUUUUAGUACGCCGUAACAAAAGCACGCAUCGGGUACGUGACUACUUGUGCUACUAUUUGUAAACAUUUAAUUCGUGAAUCAUCGGCUAUAGGCUUAAUAUAAUGGCCGAACGCCCUACCGCUAUCGCCUCGGCGUUGCUUUCACAGGAAAAACCUCUUGUUAAAAUAGGACAUUAUGCAUUGGGGGAGACCUUGGGAGUUGGCACCUUUGGCAAAGUCAAAAUCGGUGAACACCAAUUGACUGGGCACAAAGUUGCCAUAAAAAUUCUUAAUCGACAGAAAAUCAAGAAUCUGGAUGUUGUCGGCAAGAUCAGGAGAGAGAUUCAAAACCUGAAACUCUUCCGUCAUCCCCACAUCAUCAAACUGUAUCAAGUAAUCAGCACUCCAACUGACAUAUUCAUGAUUAUGGAAUAUGUUUCAGGAGGAGAGUUGUUUGAUUACAUUGUCAAACAUGGAAAGUUGAAGGAGCACGAAGCCAGGCGUUUCUUUCAGCAGAUCAUUUCAGGAGUGGACUACUGCCAUCGUCACAUGGUCGUUCACAGGGAUUUGAAACCGGAAAAUCUGCUACUAGACUCGAAUCUCCAUGUGAAAAUCGCCGAUUUCGGUUUGAGCAAUAUGAUGAUGGAUGGUGAAUUUUUACGCACAAGUUGUGGUUCCCCGAAUUACGCAGCACCCGAAGUCAUCUCGGGCAAACUUUAUGCUGGCCCAGAAGUGGAUGUCUGGUCUUGUGGUGUCAUCCUUUACGCUCUACUUUGUGGCACAUUGCCAUUUGACGACGAGCAUGUCCCGACACUCUUCCGGAAAAUUAAAUCUGGAGUAUUUCCUAUACCAGAUUAUCUCAACAAAUCAGUGGUCAAUCUGCUUUGCCACAUGCUUCAGGUCGACCCUAUGAAGAGAGCGACGAUCGACGACGUCAAAAAACACGAUUGGUUUGCCAAGGAAUGUCCCGCCUAUUUGUUUCCUUCCCCGGUUGAACAGGAUACCUCUGUUAUCGACACUGAUGCCGUCUCUGAAGUUUGCGAGAAAUUUGGAGUUCGCGAACAAGAAGUGCACAGCGCUCUUUUGAGCGGAGACCCUCACGAUCAAUUGGCCAUUGCUUACCAUCUCAUUGUGGAUAAUAAGCGCAUCGCCGACGAGGCCGCCAAGGCUGAACUACGAGAUUUUUACAUCGCCGGUAGUCCUCCGCCAGCGGCUUUCAGUCCGGGCGACUCGAGCCCAACGCCAGGCAUAAAACCUCAUCCGGAGCGCAUCGCACCUGCGUUCCGCGAGCGGGCAGCCAGUGCCGGCGAACGCACUGCACCCAAUAAAACGCCGAUAAAACGCGCCAAAUGGCACUUGGGUAAUAGAGACACGCUUCCAAGAUUCUUGUUUGUGUGUUUUUCCACGAAUGUGUCGCCUCCCCUCUAUUCAUUUGAGACCCUUUUUUUCUCUCUUUUGAUCGCAGGCAUCCGAUCGCAAAGUAAGCCCCACGACAUCAUGUACGAGGUUUACAGAGCCAUGAAAACGCUGGACUUUGAAUGGAAGAUGGUGAAUCCGUUUCACGUUCGAGUGCGCAGUAAGAACCCGGUGAAUGGACGUUACGCCAAAAUGUCGCUGCAGCUUUACCAGGUCGACUACAAGUCGUACCUCCUGGACUUUAAGAGUCUCAGCACGGAUGAAAACGAACAUGUUAGUUCCAAUCCGGAUGUUUCUCAAUCACAGUUCUCCAUUGGCGGAGGCCACCCGACGAUGGAGUUUUUCGAAAUGUGUGCAUCUUUGAUUACGCAACUGGCCCGUUGAUCAAUACGUCUUUCUAUUCUAGCGAAGAUUGUCCAUAUUCUUUUCAAUUUUCUUUUUUGUCUUUUACUUGUCCAGCUACUAACUGUUUCUAUUUCUCUCUCUUAAUAUUAUAAUCACGUUCGCUUUCCAUCGUAGAUUUAUCGUUAUAACUAGUCAACAAAUAAUAAUUACCCUGUUUGGAAAGAGGUCACGUUAAAGAAGACCUAUUCAUUCCCUUCCACACUACUACUAUAAUAAUGUCUCUUUUCUUCUUUUCUCCUGGUAAAUUGUAAAACAUUAGAAGUCGUCUGACGGUCAGGCGACAAUUGCAGUACAAAAAGAAAACUAACAA